AUGAAACAAAGAUUUUCAGCACUCGACAUCCGAGCAACAGUGUCCGAUUUGAGGGAAAGGCUGGUUGAUCUUAGGUUACAGAAUAUCUACGACAUAAACCCAAAAACUUAUCUUCUUAAAUUUUCAAAGCCGGAUAGAAAGGAACUUUUGUUGAUUGAAUCUGGAAUCCGAAUUCAUACAACGCAAUUUUCUCGUGAUAAGUCGAUAACUCCAUCGACGUUUUGUAUAAAGUUGCGAAAACACAUUAGAACAAGAAGACUCAUCAAUGUCAGACAACUCGGUGUUGAUAGAAUUAUUGAUUUUGAAUUUGCGGGUGCUACAGAAGGCUCCACAUAUCAUAUUAUAGCUGAAUUUUACGCAUCGGGUAAUAUUAUUUUUACCGAUCAAGAUUAUAAUAUUUUGACUUUGAUACGUAUCGUUCAACAUGAGCAAAUGAUAGUUGGUCAAAAAUAUAAUGUUAACACCGUUGCGCGUGUUGCUGAACCAGUAACACGAUCACGAUUACAAGAAGCAUUAACUACUUCAUCUAAUAAAGAAGCCAAAGAACCACUAAGAAAGAUUUUAAAUAAUAGGUUGAGUUAUGGACAGGCGCUGACUGAGCAUGCGAUUCGUUUUGCUCAAUUGGAUCCUAAUAUGAAAGUUGGAACAAUAGUAAUUUCUGAUGAUUCGGAGCAUUUUAUUGCAUUAGAAACAGGAUUUAAAGAUGCAGACCGUAUUUUAGAAGAAAGUGCAAAAACUAAGCAAAAGGGAUAUAUAAUCAUGCUUCAUCAUUCGGAACAUACUUCUACAGCAGGUGAAAGUUCACAACAAGAUGAUGAAUGGGAUACCUAUGAUGAGUUCCAUCCCUUUCUUUUCGAACAACAUAAAUCUAAAUCAUAUAAAGAAUUCGAUUCGUUUGAUUUAGCGGUUGAUGAAUAUUAUUCUUCUAUGGAAAGUCAAAAAUUAAUUAUUAAACAGAGAAAUCAAGAGAAAGCUGCGUUAAAGAAAUUGGAAGCUAUCAAAAAAGAACAAUAUUCGCGCGUUGAAAAUCUUCAAAAUGCUCAGUUAUCAAAUAUUCGCAAAGCUAGAUUAAUUGAGAGUAAUGUGGAUAUGGUAGAUCAAGCAAUUUUGGUUAUAAGAAAUGCAAUUGCUACUUCUAUAGAUUGGAAAGAUUUGGAAAAUUUAGUACUAGAAGAAAAAAAGAAAAAAAAUCCUUUAGCAGAAGUAAUCGUUGGAUUUAAAUUGGAAUCAAACCAGAUCACCUUAUUAUUAAGAGAAUACGAAAAUGAUGACGAGGCAUUUUAUGAUUCUUCUGAUACCGAAUCCGAAAAUGAAAACAAUACACUCCAACCAACAGUACAAGAAAAAGUUGAUGUUGACAUUUAUUUGUCGGCAUUCGCGAAUGCAAGAAAGUACUAUGAUGUUAAAAAGCAAUCUGCAUCUAAACAAGUGAAAACUUUAGCUGCAGCUGAUAAAGCCUUCAAAAGUGCUGAACAGAAAAUUAAACAAGAUCUUAAGGAGACAAAAAUUACAGCGUCUAUCAAUAAGAUCCGUAAACCUUUUUGGUUUGAAAAGUUUUUUUGGUUCAUUUCUUCAGAAAAUUAUCUUGUUAUUGCUGGACAUGAUAUGCAACAAAAUGAGCUUAUAGUUAAAAAACAUCUUCGUAAAGGUGAUUUGUAUGUUCACGCUGAUUUACAUGGUGCUGCAUCAGUUGUUAUUAAAAACCCUAAUGAGGGUCAACCAAUACCCCCGAGCACACUUUUUCAAGCCGGAAUCAUGUCCGUUUGUCAAAGCAAAGCAUGGGAGGCUAAAAUAAUAACAAGCGCCUAUUGGGUUAAUGCAGAUCAGGUUUCCAAAACCGCUCCGACAGGAGAAUAUCUCACGACGGGUUCUUUUAUGAUUCGAGGUAAAAAGAAUUUCUUGCCCCCGGUUCAAUUAGUUUAUGGUUUUGGUUUACUUUUUCGAUUGGAUGAACAAAGUAUUGCAAACCAUUUGCAUGAACGUCGUCCAAUAAGAAAUGAAGAGGAAGUGGAAGUGGACGAUAAUAUUCAAGCACCAAAAGAAGAACAAGAAAUCAAGGAGGAAUCAUUGAAUGGUGACGAUAUAAACACUCCUGGUUCUGAUGGAUCUAGUGAUGACACAUCGCCUGCUAAAAAAGUACAAUAUAUUGAUAAAUCGAAAUGGGACAAAUAUAAUUUGGAUGAAUAUGGUGUAGAUCAAGACGAAGCAGUUCAAGGGAGUGAAAAGCUAGCCACUAAAAAAAAAUAUAUAUCAGUUAAAGAAAGAAAAGUUUUGAAAAAGCAAAAACAAGUUAUCAUAGGAGAUACCAGUUUUGAAGGAUUGGAUAGUAAUCAACAAACUAAUAAGAAAGAUUCAAACGUUGCGGGUAAAGAAAAGUCAAAUAAAGCUCCAAAAAAUAAAGGAAAGAAAGGCAAAAAAGAAUCUAUAAAUCAAAAUGCAUCAAAACCAAAUAAUAGAGAAAAAAAUAUAUCAUCACCUUGCCGUAUUGAAAGUCAAGAUAUAUCUUCACAUAAUCCAGAAGCCGAACAAGAUUUUAAUGAGCAGGAAUUAGUAUGUUUUAAAAAUAUUUGUUUUUUGACGGUAUUAGAUACAUUGACAGGAUUACCACUACCCGAAGAUAAUUUACUUUUCGCUGUCCCAGUUUGUGCACCAUAUAUUUCUUUACAAAAGUACAAAUACAAGGUCAAAUUAACUCCUGGACAAACGAAGAAAGGAAAAGCAUGUAAAACAGCAACAUCAUUCUUUUUAAGCGAUCCACAAUUGACGCCACGAGAAAAAGAACUUAUAAAAAGUGUGCCUGACACAGAAAUGAUAUCAGUAAUGUUGGGUAAAUGUAAAGUAUCAGCACCAAAUAUUGAACAAGCUAAAAAAGUUGCAAAGAAAGCUGCAAAAGUAGCAUCAAAAGAAGCAGCAGCUAGUCGAAUAAAAUCAAACGCCUAG